AUGGCUCCUGUAAUCGUUCUUCCACCCUCAUUACACAUAUCGCCGUACGGGAGCGCUCUACAAGAAAAACCAUCAAACUUGUUAAUGCAAAAGCCUUAUAAAGAUUCAUUUGGACACUCCACUCCGAAUCUAAACUCUCACACGAUGAAGACAAACACAGAAGAUGGGGUUCCUCUAAAGGACACCAGUAAUAAGCCUUUCGCAACAGAAACAAAGUGUGUUAAAGCAAGGUCACAAAAUAAUUCGCCGACACAGGGUCAGCACUCUUUUGCUUGGACAAAAUAUAAAAGUGUUACUCCAGUUUCUAGUCAUGCACCUAUGCAACGUCAUCAGGUUGAUAAGUCAUCCAAUCCGUUUGAAGAAAUAUUAGAUACAAGUCAUCGAACUGAAAGAGAAGUCAGAGCUUCUCUAUCAAAGCUUAGACGGGUGAUUCUUACCGAGGGAUUACCCGAGGAGGAUCUUCCAAAAUUGACCCUCAAUUCCCUGCGUUCCAGAGUCUGGAAACACCUUCUUGGGGUUUAUCAUGUUUCUGCUAGGGAGUACAUUCAACUAAUAAACAAGGGGAGGUCAUGUGUAUAUGAUAAAGUUCGAAAUGAUACUUUUAGAACUCUUGCAACAGACAAGAAAUUUCUAGAAAAGGUUAACGAGGAAAUGUUAAUCCGUGUACUAAAUGCUUUUGCCUGGAAAAUGAAAUCAUCUUCAAGUUGUAACGGCCAGUCGGUCACAUAUGUUCAAGGAAUGAACGUCCUCGUUGCACCCUUUCUAUUUACCAUGUCUGAAAUAGAUGCAUUUUUCUCGUUUGCAACCUUUAUUCAGACAUGUUGCCCCUUGUAUGUCACACCAACCCUUCAAGGCGUUCACUGCGGACUAAAGCUUUUGGACAAAUGCUUGCAAAUACUUGACCCUGAAUUGUUCAAUUACUUAAGAUCUAAAUGUCUUAAAGCGGAGAUAUAUGCCUUAUCGUCCAUACUUACACUGUGCGCUUGCACACCUCCGCUUGAACAAGUUUUAAGGCUAUGGGAUUUUCUUCUUGCUUACGGUGUUCACCUUAAUGUUCUCUGCGUCAUAGCUCAGCUUAUCCUAAUGAGAAAGCAAUUAUUGAAAGCGCCAAGCCCAAUGAAACUCCUAAGAACAAUGCCCGAGCUAAACGCGAAACAGAUAAUAAAAUUGACCGUCCAGCUUGCUCAAAAAAUACCUGACAAAUUGUACGAUCUGCUUGUCAGGCACCCAUUUGACCCUGAUGUUGCAACAAUUCUUGAAAAAGAAAAAUGA